UCCUAAUCAAACAUAACGUUAAAAAUGGACUAGAACUUUCCGAACUAUCAUUUAAGAACAAACGACGGUUGCCCAUAGUGAUUAUUGGUGACAAGAUUUGGAGUUUUUUUAAAAAAUCCAAAUUCAAUGAAAUGGUUUCAUCCAUCGAGUUUUCGAAAACAUUAGUCAUCAAAAAAUGCCUCGUUCACAUGGAAAGUUGACGACCACAUCGAGUUCGGCUCAAACAAUUCAUCCAUGGUACUAUGUUCCAGGUGAUAAAUAUUCAACAGAAAAACGAUUAGCCUCUAAACAUGAAUCGAAUUCCAAUCGACAAAUCCAAAACGAACGGAUUAACAAAUAUUAUCGCAAAUGGAAUCAGGAAACAAAAUUGUUGGACAAUUGGGACCAGAACAAAAGUCUUGUCAAACAUCAUCGAUCAAUGCAAAAUCUAACGGAUCCACCAUUCUACAUUGAAGAUGAUAUUCAAAUUGAAUUUGAUCGAAAACAAUAUGAUAAUCAUGUGCAAAAAGUGGCCACAAUUUUUCGUCAAUAUCACCAGGCAGCCAAAGAUUAUCGAACGAAUUUCAUCGAUACUAAUAUGGCUGUCGAUUAUCUCCUACGGCAGGCUGAACUGGAUGAAUUAAUCGAAGAGAAACGAAAUAUUUUUUUCUCACAAUGGAAUCGAUAUGUUAUCCAAUGUAAUGGUGGUUCAAAUUAUAAUUAUCAAUCAGAUCCAUUACGACAGAUUUGUUUUGCUAUACGAGAAUUACUUCAUUUCUAUAAAUCAUUGGUCGAUGAUAACCUGAAACGUUUGAAUUCGAUUAUUGAUGAAAAAUUUUUCACUGCCACUGAACGUAAUGAACUUGGCCAAUUGAAUGAUCGAUGUUUACAGAUUAUUGAUAUGUAUCUAAAUCUAAAUGAAUCACGUGAUGGUCAUUUUCAAACAAUGUUUUGUGAAGAACGUGAAAAACAAUGGCAUGAACAAUGUGACAGAUGGUCUGAAGAAAUACAAGUUUGGGAUACUUUAUUCAUCAAAUUAUUUGAUUCCAAUUAUCAAUUGAUUUAUGAUCGUCUUGAUAAAUUUCUACAACAGCAACGAAAUCUGCUCCAUGAUCGUUUGAUCAAAUUAGAGCAAUUACAACAUUUGAUUCGUGAUAUUGAACAUGAUGAUCGGUUACAAUCGAUUCUUCAUAUCGAUAUUGAUCAGCUUUUACAAAAUUGA